UUCAAAUGCUUACCGGAAGAAAAAAAAACAGAGAGAAAGAGAGAAACAAUAGUAGUUUCAAAGUUCCAAAGAAUAAAAAAUAUAAAGAGAUCGAUCAAGAAAAAGAAAGUUUUACAAAAAUGGGCAAUAGCUUAAGGUGUUGUCUGGCUUGUGUUCUUCCUUGUGGAGCUCUAGACUUGAUCCGAAUAGUUCAUCUCAACGGCUCCGUAGACGAAAUAACACAUCCAGUCACAGCCGGUGAGAUCCUCAAAGCAAACCCUAAUCAUGUUCUAAGCAAACCAUGUUCUCAAGGAGUUGCUCGUAAAAUCUUAAUCCUCUCCCCCGAAUCGGAGCUUAAACGAGGCAGUAUAUACUUCUUGAUUCCGGCUUCUUCGUUGCCCGAAAAGAAAAGGAACAAGAAAUCCUUAAGAAAGAGCAAGAAAUGCAACUCUGAUGAUAUUUCAGAUUGUAAAUCAUCCCGUCGCGAUGGCCGGACCGGUCGUGUUGGAGUGUGGCGGCCUCAUCUAAGGAGCAUCUCUGAAGACUAACAAGUUUUUUUUUUCUUCCGGAAAUUUAAUUAUUGGUUUGUGGAUAAUUUUUUUUCCUAAAAUUUCUUGUUUCAGUCUGCGAGUAAUAAUAGCAGACUCUGAAUUUCAAUUGCUUCAUGGAAGAAAUUAUAGGAUUUGUAUUCAUGCCAUGAAUUGUAAGUAAAAUCUGGUUGGUAAUUGUUUAUGAUCGGAAACAUAUUUUGUUGUUUUAUUUC